CCGGGACAGCGCUCCGCGUUGGGGCUGUCCUUGCUGUGGCGGUGCCCGGGGGUAAGGGCUCGUCGCGGGGACGGCGUGAGCGAGCGUUACACGAUGGCAGAAGCUGCUGUGUCUCCGCUGAAGCACUUCGUGCUGGCGAAGAAAACCAUUACUGCCAUCUUCGACCAGCUGCUGGACUAUGUCACCGAAGGAGCGACUUUUGUGGAAGCAACCUACAGGAACCCAGAGCUUGAACAUAUAGCAACGGAAGAUGAACUAGCAACAAUACAGGCAUAUAAAAAGAAGCUAGCAGUCAUCGGUGAGGUGCUUUCACGGAGACACAUGAAAGUGGCAUUUUUUGGCAGAACAAGCAGUGGGAAAAGUUCGGUCAUUAAUGCCAUGCUGUGGGAUAAGGUGCUUCCCAGUGGGAUUGGCCAUACAACUAACUGCUUCCUCAGCGUGGAAGGGACUGAUGGAGACAAGGCUUAUCUUAUGACAGAAGGAUCUGAUGAAAAAAAGAGUGUCAAGACAGUCAAUCAGCUUGCUCAUGCACUUCACAUGGAUAAAGAUUUGAAAGCUGGCUGUCUUGUCCAUGUCUUUUGGCCCAAGUCGAAGUGUGCCCUGCUGAGAGAUGAUUUGGUUUUAGUGGACAGCCCUGGCACAGAUGUCACUACAGAGCUCGACAGUUGGAUUGACAAAUUCUGCUUAGAUGCUGAUGUGUUUGUCUUGGUUGCCAAUUCUGAAUCGACUCUCAUGAACACGGAAAAGCAUUUUUUCCAUAAAGUGAACGAACGACUUUCUAAACCAAACAUCUUCAUCCUGAACAAUAGAUGGGAUGCCUCUGCAUCAGAACCAGAAUAUAUGGAAGAUGUGCGUAGGCAGCACAUGGAGCGCUGCCUGACUUUUCUAGUUGAUGAGCUCAAAGUUAUUGAUCCCGUAGAAGCGAGGAAUCGCAUCUUUUUUGUUUCAGCAAAAGAAGUUCUGAGUGCCAGGAGACAGAAGGCCCAAGGGAUGCCAGAGGGUGGUGGAGCACUUGCUGAAGGAUUUCAAGCAAGAUUCCAGGAAUUUCAAAAUUUUGAGCAGAUAUUUGAGGAGUGUAUCUCGCAGUCAGCCGUGAAAACCAAGUUUGAACAGCACACUAUCAGAGCUAAACAGAUAAUAGAUACUGUGAAAAACAUUAUGGACGCCAUAAACGUAGCAGCAGCAGAGAAAAGAGUCCAUUCAAUGGAAGAGCGAGAAGAUCAGAAGGAUCGGUUGGACUUUGUUCGAAAUCAGCUGAACAUUUUGACGGAAGAUACUAAGGAAAAAAUCAAGCGUGUAACUGAGGAAGUAGAAAAUAAAGUCUCCUCUGCCAUGACCGAUGAGAUUUGCAGACUUUCCGUUUUAGUUGAUGAAUUUUAUUCAGAUUUUCACCCUUCUCCUCAAGUGUUGAAGCUCUAUAAGACAGAACUCAACAAACAUAUAGAAGAUGGUUUGGGAAAGAACCUGGCUGAUCGUUGCUCCAGUGAAGUCAAUCAGUCAAUGCAUCAGUCACAGCAGGAGAUGAUUGAAAAUCUGAAACCGUUGUUGCCUUCUGGUUCUCAGAAUCAGCUCCACUUGCUAAUUCCAUGCAGGAGGUUUGACCUUAGCUAUGAUCUAAACUGUCAUAGUCUCUGUGCGGAUUUCCAAGAGGAUAUCAUGUUCCACUUUUCCUUGGGAUGGACUUCACUUGUAAACCGUUUCUUGGGUCCUAAACAUGCUCAGAGAGUACUACUGGGACUAGCAGAUCCAAACUUACCAAUCCCUCGUCCUUUAGCUACCACCCCGUCUGCUGCCAGUCUUCCUGCCCUAACUCCAGAGAACGCACCACAGGAUGAUUUUAUGGUUCCUUUGGUAAUGAGUUUAGCUUCACUGACAUCACGGACCUCUAUGAGCAUCAUCGUUGUUGGCGGAGUGAUCUGGAGAACAGUAGGCUGGAAGCUCAUCUCUCUUUCCCUAAGUAUGUAUGGGUUAUUAUAUCUCUAUGAGAGGCUAACUUGGACCACUAAAGCAAAAGAGAGAGCCUUUAAGCAGCAGUUUGUGAACUAUGCUACCGAAAAGCUGCAGAUGAUCGUCAGUCUUACGAGUGCGAACUGCAGCCAUCAGGUGCAACAGGAAAUGGCAACUACUUUUGCUCGGCUCUGUCAGCAGGUGGAUAUUACCCAGAAAAACCUGGAAAAAGAAAUCGAUAGGCUUUCCAAAGAAAUAGAUCAGCUGGAGAACAUUCAGAGCAGCUCCAAGCAACUACGAAAUAAAGCCAUUCACCUUGAGAACGAACUAGAUCGCUUUACAAAACACUUCCUUCAAAAGAGUAAAUAAAAUAUCAUUGGUAACUUUCCCGGUGAUCCUUUGUAGGACAAAGUAGAAAUUUUACAGAUGACACUUCUCUGUGGAGUUGCAUGAAAUGAUUAUAUUUUUAAUGUUACUUUGAUUACACUUCUUAAUUAUCAUAGAACUUGUUUUGAACUCUGAUGGUGAACCAAACUGAAGAGCUGUGGGACUUAAGAGUGUUAUGUUUGUUUUUGCAGAUUUUGGGUUAAAAAUUAUCUUUAAACACUAAAUUUCUUUGGGCACUUGACAAUAAAAACCCAUAUCCCUUUUGGUUUUCAUUAAUAUUUAGCAGUGGCACUCACUUCCUGGCAUCCAGGAGGAGUUUCUGCAGGGAGAGAAAACUUAACACUGUUAUCAUUGUCUCCUGUUACCAGUUGAUGAGGAAUAGCCAGGGAGGAAGGAUGCUGCUCUUUCACUUACGGUUGUUUUGUUUUUGUGUUUUAUUGAAGGGAAGUACAAAGUCUAGCAUGGGGAAAGGACUCUUGUCUGUUCUGAAAGCGAGUGAAAUUUUGUUGUGAAGCGGUUCCUCUUCUUUGAAUGGAAAUGAAAGAUGAUAAACUGUAGAGCAUUCACUAGCGAAAUGCAGUGGGCUCCAGUUUCCCUGCUGGCUACUGCAUUUAGGUAAGGUGGCAUUGAUGAAGUCGAAGUAAACACAGUUGGUAAAGUGGUGGAAGGGUCACUUGCUUCUGAGAGCACUACUGGAACCCGCAUGCAGGUGAGCUGCAGGUCGGUGGUGUCACCACGCUAGCAGCAAAGAAGUAGCGUAGCCAGGGGUCUGGGCUCAACUUGUGCGUGUUGGGGGGGAAGCCUCAGGUGCUGGGCUCGUGCUGCUGCAUUCACAGAGCAGGUGGAGGCUGGGCUCGACAGUUUUUACUCAUGUAGUGUCCUGAACAGCUCCUUGGCUCUGCCGUAGCGCAGAGGUCUUCUAGGUGAGACCUAUGACAGGUACGUUCGAGUGGUUUUACCAUUGCUCACCCCCAGCAGUGCAAAGCCUCUUAAAAUUGCUGCUGACAUCGGUAAUCACUUAACACCUUCAUUUUUUCUAACCAGACUUUUUAAAAAUAACUUAUUUUGAAAGAGAAAGCCUUUUCAGAAUAUUUAUAUAUUUUUAUGGAAGUAUUAAUGUGACUAAAUGAAAUACUUACGAAUGAGUAAUAGCAAUUCAAAACUAAGAGGUAGGGAUUUGCUAUUUUCCGGUAAAAAGGGCUAUCCUAAAAGGAAAUACAUUUUAAAAGCUAAUGCUGGAGAGGUAGGUUAUUAGUAAUUUGAAGACUAAGAACACUGUUUCCACCAUGAUGUAUUUUGGUGUUUGUUUUUGACUGUGCUAGCGGAAGCAUGGCUGUUUUGAAACUGUCUUUAGCAGUAUGCAUGGUGUCUCAGGUUCUCUGAGGGAAACUGUGAAAUAUGAAAAUGAUUAACAGCCCAGCCUUCUUGUAUAUGAGGUUACAGAUAUGUAUUAAUGCUCUUUUCUGGAGCAUUUUUUAAUGGACAUUGUAUGAAGAUAAAACUUUAAAUGCAUGUGUUCUACAAUUAUUUAUUAAAAAAAUGCUGUCCCCCUUU